AUGGCGUUAGUAACGAGGUUAUUUUCAGUGAAAUUGUUAUACCUUUUAAUCAUUUCACUCAUGGCUGGUAUAAAUUUAGCAGACUUAGAAGGUCUGAAUGAAUAUUCUCUCGCAAAUAUCACCGCAGCAGUGAAGAGCGGUUGCGUUUUGGCGGCAUUGAAGCCGGCGUUGAAGGAUACUACUCUUCAUUCAAUUUUUCAAAAACUUUCUAUGGCUUUUAAAAAUGAAAGCCGAGUUAAUGUGGGAGUUUUAAGUCUUGGUGAUGCAAGUAAGAUCUCGUGGGAACGUAGUACAGGUCGAGAUUUGGCUGAUUAUAGCGAUCUGGCGUUCUUUCCAAGAAAAAAGUCGGACAGGGCAUGCCUUAUACGACCAGCUUGGAAACAUUUACCUAAAGCCCAGAUAUUUCGGGGCUCCAGAACAGUUCAAGAAUUACUUGCAUUUCUCAAUGAAAACUGUGAGACUUUCAGGCAACAGGAUGGUAGUUUAUCUCCAGCCGGUCUAUUAAGGAGGAGAAUUUUAAAAAAUUUGUACCGGGUUCCAAAACGUGAGGACCUAAGACAUGAUCAUAAUUCAGGCCCUGUCAACAUUGGUGGGACAUGUGAACGGAUUCCUCUUCCUUCCAAAGAGAAAUUUUUUAAUGAAUACUAUUUUCGAUCAAAGCCGGUUGUCAUCACAGAUGCUGUAAAAAACUGGCCUGCGAUAAAAAAAUGGACAAGUGAUUUCCUCACAAAAAAGUUUGGACACAAGAUGGUGCGGAUUGCAUUUGCACCUUAUGGAGAAUAUGAAGGUUGUGAGAAAGCCAACAAUUUUGAGGAUUUCAAACAUUUCAAUUUUCCAGAUGUGGUGAAAUCUCAGCUUCCUUUUCCAGACUUGGUGGUUGUUCGUCCUGCAUUUUUAGAAAUGAAAUUCUCAUCUUUCAUGGAAAUACUUCAGGCAUCAAAUAAUAGUCAUAUUUCAGCUUAUUUAGAGUACUCUUCAAUACCAAGUUUACUUCCAGAGCUCGAACAAGACAUCAGAGAAAUGCCUUUUGUUGCUGGAGAAUUAAAGAGAAGACAUUUGAAUAUUUGGCUAAGUAAUGGUAAUACGUUAGGCAAGCUGCAUUUUGACCCAUUUGAUAACUUUCUGUGUCAGAUCAGUGGGACAAAACAAUUGUUCUUAUAUGAACCACAUGAUAACGCAAAACUGUAUGAAGCUCAUAUUCAAGAGGCUACACUCAGCUACAAUCCCACAAACAAGAAGUUCCGUCGUAAAAAGCUUCUAGAAAGUACCUCAAUGGUGAUGUCUCCAGUUGAUAUCCUUAAACCGGAUUAUCAAAGAUUUCCAAAAUUUAAGGAGGCACUGGCUUUGAAUUGUACAAUAAAUGAAGGUGAUGUUCUGUUUAUGCCAUCAUUUUGGUGGCAUGAGGUCCAGUCAUCUCCAAGUAAGGAAGAGCAAAGAAAUGUAGCAGUGAAUUUUUGGUAUGAGCCUUUUUUAACCAAAGAGUUUCCUUGUUCCACAUGCAAAAUGGACAUCAAUUCCUUUUAUCGUCACAUGCUGUACUCGUAAUAUUUACAGUUUACAAAAACAUUGUACAUGUCGUGAAGAUUAUCUUACAUCGGUUCAAUUCUAUUAAAAAGAUUAUUU